GGCGGUGCCGCCAGCCGCGGGCUCUGAGCGACGGGCGGCACGCUCCGUGACCAGGAACGUCUCUCGUUGCAGGACGAAGAGCGGGAGCGCCUGAAUGCAGCGUUCGCUUCGACUGUGAAGCUGAUGAGAGGAGUCUCAAAGGAAUGCCAGAAGUACUAUGGUGCUGUGGCAGCCAACAAGUACAAAGAGAAUGAAAUCAAACACUUCUGCAAAUACCAUGGCAAGUCAGCAGAAAGAAAGACAGACUCCACAGAAGAAGAGAGGACUGAAGGUUCUGUAGAACCCCGCCAAGCUCAAACUUGCUGUCAAAGACCCAGAAGACCUUCCAAAGACUUCUACAUUGAAGUUUCUCCUGGUGUCUAUUCUGUCACAGCAAUCUCAGAAGACAUGGUGGAACAAACCCACGUAGUAGAUGUCAAUGCAGGACAAAGUAUUGAUUUAACUUUUGUUCUGUGAUAUUUGUUGUCUCCUGGCAAUAGCAGGAAUAAAACACGAGGCUCAUUUUAAUGCAUUUAA